CAGGUCAUUGGCAUUGCUACCUACUCCUCUGUUUUGUGUAUAAAAGAGCGAGUAGUUACGAGCUUUUGGAUCAUCAGUUACACACAAGUCCCAAUCCACUCCAAUUCAUCUCCUCGAUUCAAGAAGUUAAAGAGCAGUUUCUUGUAUCUCAGGAUGGUUCAGCAAAAGAUGGUGAUGAAGCUGACGAUGGAUAACCCCAAGAAGAAGGCGAAGGCUCUCCAAACUGCUGUCGGCGUGCACGGCGUCGUAUCGGUGGCGCUGGAAGAUGAUAAGAUUGUCGUCGUGGGAGAUGUUGACUCGGUGGAUCUAACAAGGGUUCUGAGGAAGAAGAUGGGGCACGUGGAGCUCCUCAGCGUGGCAGAGGUGAAGAAGGAAGAGAAGAAAGAUGAGAAGAAGGAAGAGAAGAAAGAUGAGAAACCAAUAGAACUAGCUUGGCUUGGCCAAGGCCCUUUCAUGCACCCCCCGUAUCCUUUUGUGAUUUGGGAGGAUCAGUAUCCGAAUUAUUGGUAACCGGCUAGUUGCAUAAAUAAUGCAGAAGAAGCUAAGAGAUGAUCUUGCAGCAGAGUCAUGAGUGAUGAAACUAUACAGUGGUUGAAGUGCCAUAAUCAGAAAUCUAUACAUAUCUCAAGAAAAGAUCGAUCAUAUCCGUGUAAUUGACAAAGCUAAUUGAAGAAGUACCUUUCCAACA